AUGGAUGAAGUGUUUCGAGACCCGGUGACAUUCUCUAAGGGAGUGCGACUACAGGAACUUAUUAAUGGAGAAGCAGAGUUCCACAUUGAUUUGGAUUUUAAGAAAACUCAAAUGGGAUUGAUGGGGACUUGUGAUGAUGACUUGUUCCCAGAUAUGGAGGAAAAUGAUAACGACACAGAUGAUAUGAAAAUCUUAGAAGACUCUAUGGAGGCUGUAGUUCUAUCGUGUCCUGAAUACCACAGCUUUGACGAUUUAUCAUCUAAAAUGAUUGACUGUGUGCCAAGCGGUGAUGUGAAAAUGUUGAUUAUUGAAGAAGGUUCGGGAUGUCUAAUCCCUCAAGAUGCCAUUGUCACAAUACAUUACGCUGCAUACUUUGAAAAGACUACAAUCCCCUUCGAUUCUACUCUUACCAUGAAUAACGGACUACCGUUGAAAAUGCAGUUAGGAAAAGGCCGUUUCAUCCCCGGUUUAGAGAUAGGCCUUACAUGUGUGCGUGGACCGAAGGCCCAUUUUCAAUUGAUGCUGUCUCCGCGGGUGGCGUGGGGCGAGAGGGGAGCCCUACCUCGUAUUAGGCCUGACAGAGCCCUAUUUAUUAUCCAGAUAUAUGAUGUCACUGAUGUCUCGGCACCGGCGAGGUUCAAUGACCUCCCUAUGGAGGAACAGAGAAAGUUUCAAGUGACGAUGGAAACGGUGAAAUCAAUACAUUCCCAGGCUAAGGAGCUGUACUCGAAGAAAAAAUACAUCAAAGCAAUAAGAAACUACCAACAAUCGGUCUCCAUACUCAAUAUUUGUAACACAAAAGACGAAAACGAAGAAAAUAGUGUUAAAGAUUUAAAAAUUAAAUCCUACACAAACCUAGCUGUCUGUUAUUAUAAGCUUAGCAAACCCAAAUACGUUCUCAACAUGUGCGAAACUUUAGACUAUCUCACAAAUACUGAUAAGCACUGCAAAAUAUUGUUCUACUACGCCCGAGCAUACGAAAUGCUCAACAAAUACGACCUAGCUAUGACAUAUUAUAAAAAAGCAUUGAAAAUCGAACCCCACAACAAAGAAAUAGGCGACGCGUUGACUAAUUUAGAUAAAUACAACAAAAAUUCCGCUGUAAAAGAGAAAGAAAUAUGGCGGAAUGUAUUCAAAAGUGAUUUAAAUAAGAAAGUACAGUACAACGUUGAUGAGGAUUUUCAAAAUAGCGUCAAUAAUAUGUGUCAAGAAUUGGCGGGAAAAGUUGAGUACUCGAAGUUUGAUUUGCCGAGCGGCCUGACGAAGGACGAGGUCGAAUGUAUCAAGGAUGUGUGUUCGAAAUUCGAAAGUUUGGUUGUCAUGGAAACCGGGGCGGGAAAAAAUGUGUCAAUUGUAAAGAGGUUGUCGAAUUGA